CUCCCCGCCGUCCCCCCACCCAGACCCCGGAGGCCCGAGCGCGGGGCGCCGGCUCGCGGCCCUGCGGCCCAGGCCCCGGCGUCGGACGGGGCGGCGGCGGGGGGCGGGGGCCCCGUGUGCGAGCGCCGGCGUGCCGGCGUGAGGAGCGGGCUCCGGGCCGGGGGGCCGGCCGGGGCAGGGGCCGGAGGGGGUCUGCGCCGGCGGCGGGGAGCAGCACAUCGCCCUUCUUUCUGUCGGGAGCACAGUGCGGCGCGGCCAGGGAGGCCCGCGCUGCCCGAGAAGCCCGGCCCUCCUGGCGCUGCUGAGGCGGUCUCCGCCCGGGGUCAAUAGGCGUGGUCUGGCCGCGAGAGAGGAGAGCCCGCCGCGGGGGUGAGCGAGGAGGCCGGGCGCGCGGGAGGAGGGAAUCGCGGUAGUCGGCGGUGGAGUCCGCGGACCGCUGCUCUGCGCGCGGUGGCUGUUGGCGAACCGGUGGACUCCCGGUCUGUGUUUUGAGAAGGGCCGCGGCAAGUGGUGCGUGUUGCAGAUGGGUCUAUGUGGCAACGGAAGAGAAGUGCAAUUUGGAACAAACAGGCUGAGUCAGAACAGUAGGCCAGUGUGGAGAGCACGAGAGGUAGUCUUGUUUCAGGGGAAAGAGGCGAAGUUGGGACGGCUGUUAUAAACUACAGGUCCACUGGAGUAAACUGGGAGUUGUGGCUUCUCAUUGGGUGGGGUGAUGAGGAAAUCCUGUCUUUUCGAGUCUGGGGUAGUGAAGUAGUGUCCCAUGUAAGUUGAAGUCCGUCUCUUUGGGUUGGGUCUGCAGUUGAUCACUGUGGUAGUGUCUGAGAGUUCCUCCCAGUGCAACCUCCCGACUCCAAUUUAGUGAGGUUUCCCAUCAUUAAUUUUCACAAGUCCUAGCAGCUGAAGGGCUGGAAACUCCCAUCAUCCUGAUGGAAGGUAGCAGGAAGUUGUGUAUCCUUGGGGAUGUCGUAACUUGUUUUGACAUUGGUAAGCGACUUAGAUGUUUCAGAGAAGUGUGAGUGAUGGCGUCAAGUGGGCAGCUGGACAGGACGUUUUGGGAAACUGGGGGAAGGAUGCAUGAUGGAGAGUUUGAAAAGUGAUGGCUACUGUGUGGACCAGGGUGGAGAUUUGGCUCACAUUUAGGAAGGGAAGGCAGAGAAUCAUGGUAAUAGGCUAGUAGGUCAGAGGGUCCUAGUAAAGUGCUGAGGAGUGGUUUUCUGGCUCAGCACGUGGUUGGGGUUACUGGACAUUGCCAACACAGGUGAAGGGGAGAGAAUGAUCUGGCAGAAACAUGGGCAAGCCCUCCAUGGGAUGAUGGGACAAGAGAUGGCUAGGACACCUAGGAGUAAUUUUGCCAAGAUGACAGUGAAGUUGGGGCUGCUCUUUAUUCAGUGCUGUAGGCUUCACAGAAUUUUGCGGUGAGUUUUUACGGUGCCUGAGGUGUUGCAGAGUCUUGCUGGUAGUUCAGGUCUGCACAAAUGCAGUCAUUUCUGCUUUGCUCUGCCUGGCAGGGGAGACCCUUAGGGCUGGGGUUUUCACAAAGGUUCAGUAGAGGAUGAUUGGUUCCCGAUUGUGGCGGGACAGCGUGGGCAGCAGAGAAGUGGAAGAGGGUCUGUGAGUAUCCGAAGCUGACCGUGCUUGUGAGUGUCUGUUACUGAAGGGAGGGUUACAGGCAGCUGAGGAGGGCUUCUCAGCAGCAUGUGAGGCUUUCCCUGUUUUGGGAUCCAUGGGAGUACUGGGUGGGACUGGAACCUGUUUGAGUUUGUCAAACAGCCUGUGGAUGUCACGUGACAAGUACGAGUGUGAGUCAAGGGAGGAUCCUUUGUUGUGGGGCAGGAAGGUGUGGGAGUUCAUCUGUGGGGUCUGAAGACGUGAGAGUGGUAGAGUCUACAGAAUCCUGUACACGUGGAGGGGAAGUGUGAGCUAAGGGCCUCAGCGCCCUGGUACUGAAGACUUCCUGGUAAAGCAGGGCCUAUAAUUGGCUGUCUUGAGGGCACAACGUGGGAGACUCCAUGGGAAUACCGUGGCAGGGGGAUGACCUUGCAGGCCAGACCCAGAGCUUAGAGUGCAUCCAUGUGUCCCCCUGCCUGUUGCUGCUGAGGACUGAACACAGUGAUUGAUGGGAAGUGUGGUGUGACCUUUGAGGACAUUGCCGUGUACUUCUCCUGGAAGGAGUGGAGGUUUCUUGAUGAGGCUCAGAGACGGCUGUACCACCAUGUGAUGCUGGAGAACUUUACACUUAUAUCCUCACUGGGUUGCUGCUGUGGAGCAGAGGAUGAGGCACCCUUUGCCCACAGCACUUCUGUAGGCGUGUCACAGACCAGGACGCCCAAGGCAGCUCAGUCUUCCCGGAAGACCCACCCCUGUGAGAUGUGUGGUCCAGUCUUGAGAGACAUUUUCCACUUGGCUGCGCACCAGGGAAAAGAAAACAGCCAGAAGCUGUUGAGGUGUGGGGCCUGUGGGAAACGAUUUUAUUUCAGUGUAAAGUUUCAGCAGCAGCAGGAGCAGCACGUGGGAGCAGAACCCUUCAGAAGCCGUGUGGACAGGGCCUCUGUUGUGAAGAGCUGGGGAUCCCAUGGUUCAGGAAAGCCCCUUAACUGUGGAGAAGUUCAGAAGGACUUCCUGUCUGGCUCGGGGCAUCUGCAGCAAGAGGCCACUCAUACUGGGGAGAAUCCAAAGGAAAUCACCCAGUGCAAGGCAACUUUACAAAGCAGAAAAAGUCAUGAUACUUGGGGAGAAUUCAAGAACGCCUUUGGUCCCAAACACACAGAUAUUCAGGACCAGGGUGUCCACCUUGGAAGACAGUCCUUUGUGUGCAGUGAAUGUGGGAGAUCUUUUAGCACUCAUACUACUCUCCAUUAUCACCACAGAGUUCACACAGGAGAAAGGCCUUAUGAAUGCAGUGAAUGUGGCAAGUCUUUUACCCGAAGACACAGACUCAAUAUGCACCUAAAGGUUCACUCAGGUGAAAGGCCUUAUGAGUGUAAUGAAUGUGGGAAAUCUUUUAUUUGUAGGUAUGAACUCCAGUAUCAUCAUAGAAGUCACUCUGGAGAAAAACCUUUUGAGUGCAGUGAAUGUGGGAAAUCUUUUACCUAUCGCUCUGCCCUCAGUUAUCAUCAGAGGUCCCACAGAGGAGAAAGGCCUUAUGAAUGCAGUGAGUGUGGAAAAUCUUUUACUUCUAGCUCUGCGCUCAGGUAUCACCACAGAGGUCACACAGGAGAGAGGCCUUAUGAGUGCAGUGAAUGUGGGAAAUCCUUCAGACAAAAACAUUCCCUCUCAAUACACCAGAGAAUUCAUAGUAGAGGAAACCCUUACAAAUGCAACAAAUGUGGGAAAUCUUUUUCUUGUAGUUCCAGUUUCCAUUAUCAUGAGAGAAUUCACACAGGAGAAAGGCCUUAUGAAUGCAGUGAGUGUGGGAAAUCUUUUAUAAGUAGUACUGCCCUCCAUUAUCAUCACAGGAUUCACACUGGAGAAAGGCCUCAUGAGUGUCAUGAAUGUGGGAAAUCUUUUAGCACUCACAGUGCUCUUCAGUAUCAUCGCAGAGUUCACACUGGAGAAAGGCCUCAUGAGUGCAGUGAAUGUGGCAAGUCCUUUACCCGAAGAAAUAGCCUCAAUAUGCACCUAAAGGUUCAUUCAAGUGAAAGGUUUUAUGAGUGUAAUGAAUGUGGGAAAUCUUUUAUUUGUAGGUAUGAACUCCAGUAUCAUCAUAGAGUUCAUUCUGGAGAAAAACCUUUUGAGUGCAGUGAAUGUGGGAAAUCUUUUACCUCUCGCUCAGCCCUCAGUUAUCAUCAGAGGUCCCACAGAGGAGAAAGGCCUUAUGAAUGCAGUGAAUGUGGAAAAUCUUUUACUUCUAGCUCUGCGCUCAGGUAUCACCACAGAGGUCACACAGGAGAGAGGCCUUAUGAGUGCAGUGAAUGUGGGAAAUCCUUCAGACAAAAACAUUCCCUCUCAAUACACCAGAGAAUUCAUAAUGGAGGAAGCCCUUACAAAUGCAACCAAUGUGGGAAAUCUUUUACUUUUAGUUCCAGCUUCCAUUAUCAUCAGAGAAUUCACACAGGAGAAAGGCCUUAUGAGUGCAGUGAGUGUGGAAAAUCUUUUAUAAGUAGUACUGCCCUCCAUUAUCAUCACAGAGUUCAUACUGGAGAAAGGCCUCAUGAAUGCAGUGAAUGCGGGAAAUCUUUUAUCACUCGUACUGCUCUCUCUUAUCAUCACAGGGUUCACACUGGAGAACGACCUUAUGAGUGCAGUGAAUGUGGGAAAUCUUUUAGGGGAAAAUCUAACCUCUCUCAACACUGGAGAGUUCACACUAGAGAAAAGCGUGGUUGUAUUAUGAAUAUGCAAUUUCCCUAUUCAGUGUAAUGCCACUGGUGGAAACUUUUUAUGUUUGUUUUUAAGAUUUUACAUAUUUAUUUGACAGACACAGCAAGAGAGGGAACAUAAGCAGGGGGAGUGGGAGAGGGAGAAGCAGGCUUCCCGCAGAGCAGGGAGCCCGAUGCAGGGCUUGAUCCCAGGACCCUGGGAUCAUGACCUGAGCCGAAGGCAGACGCUUAACAACUGAGCCACUCAGGCGCCUGUGGUGGAAACUCUUUGAGGAGCGAUUUGCCUGAUUUGAAUCUUUUACAGUGGGGAGAUUCCUUAUAAUGUUGGAAGUAUGUGUGGGUAUGUUGCAUUUUCUAAAUUGUCCAGAGAUCUCUCUAGAUUUAUGUAACUGACAGUUCUGUGACCCUUUCACUUCUGCCAGCUGGUAGGUCCACACAGUGCACGUCAGUCCUCACCCCCAGUGUACUCAGAGAAGCUGACCUCAGUUCCCAUGAAUUGGAGCAGAUUAGCAGUAACCUGAGGUCUUAGGGGCAGCUUUCCCUCUUCCUUGAAUACCUUCAGGGCGUGGACCUGAAUCAGUGAUAACCCAGAGAACAACAUGAAUUUGGCUGACAGCUUAUAGAGAAUGACUACCUUUUUCAGGAACAUGUUGGUCUCAUGUGAUACUUCUGAUUAGUUUUUCUAGGUUCCAAGUCACAAACUGGAGAACUUAUCUGCUCCACGUUGAUUUGGCUAAGAUGAUAAUCAAGGCCUUAGUGUUUUAAGUCCUCUUUAAUCUUGAAUGUUCUGUUUACUGUGAGGGGUAGUUUAUAAAAUGAUUUGGGCUCAACAAGCAUCAAAGGGUGAACUUUUUAAGAGUCUCAAAUUAUCUGUGCCUGAGGAGGGAGAGGAUGAUGGUAGGAAAUAGCUUGGCAGUUUUGUUUUGUUUUGUUUUAAAGAUUUUAUUUAUUUAUUUGACAGAGAGCUAGAGAGCACAAGGAGGCAGAGCAGCAGGCA